AAAAAAAAAAAAAAAAAAAUUGGGAAGCACAGCUUAUCUUCUCAUGAUAAAGUCUAUCCAGUUAUUAGAUACCAGCGUUAUCGAACAACUAAGAUCAUCGCUUGUUAUAACGACAUUACCGCAAUGCAUAAAAGAACUCAUUAACAACGCCAUUGAUGCCAAUGCAACCAGCAUUGAUAUUUCUUUGGAUAUCGAAAAGUUUAGCUUACAAGUAAAUGAUAAUGGAGACGGCAUUCUAAAUAUGAAUAAAAUCGGGCAAAGGCACACUACUUCGAAAUGCCAUAAGCUUUCUGAUACAGAGCAAUUAAAGACAUUUGGAUUCCGCGGUGAAGCUUUAGCCUCGAUUACAAAUGAAGCAUUGGUGCAAAUCAUUUCCAGACAUUGCAUGUCCAAAGAUACUUUUGAGGGCUUCUGGAGGGAUGGAAGACUUAUUGGCGAUAAGAUUACACUCUCUAAACACACUAGAAAAAUACAGCCAGGUACCACUGUUAUUGUGCGGGAUUUGUUUUACAAGUUUCCUGUACGUCGCAGGUAUUUGUCCUCUUAUCAAUAUGUCGUCAUCAUGGAGUCUGUGAAACGUUUAGUUUUGAAGUUUGCGUUAUGUUUUCAUCAUAUCCAUUUCAACCUUAUAGAUAGUGCCCGUGGUGCCAAAGUCAUGAUGAUUAAAAAGUCAAAUACAAGUUUGGAUGUAUUCCGCCAACUGUUCGGCCAUGAAAUAAUAAAGAAUAUUAAAUAUGUAGACAUGCACGAGGACAAUAUCAAUGUCCAAGGUUUUUUCUCCACCCGAGGUUACCCAAAUAAGUCUCACCAGUACAUAUUCGUCAAUAAUUACUUUGUACCCAACGAUAAUGGAUUAUACAAGAUAGUAUCUGGGCUAUUCUCAAAUAGUAGUUUUGUGACAUCUUUAAGAGAUUCAUCUUCUAAAGCUCGAACCUCGAUACAGAAAUAUCCAAUAUAUUUUAUAAAACUCACAUGCCCUGACUGGAGUUACUACGACAUUGACACUUAUCUGGAUGUAUUGUCUGAGUUUUCUGCUUACCCUGUGAUUAAGAAUCUUGUGAGCCAAUUCACCACACAGUUUUUAAAAUCAGCAGGUUUAAUACCACCCAAAAGAAAAGAAAACUCCCUUGAUGAACAUUGUAGUAAAAAAAGAACAGGCUCUACCAUCAUUGAUCACAGUAGAGCCAGUAAAUAUGUACAGCAUGCAUCCUCUUCCGUCGGGACAAGUUCUACUACGAAUAACACUACAUCAAGUAUACCCAAUGGCUUUGUUAGCUGGUGGGAUGACUGUCAAAAGAAGUUAUAUUACAUUGACCCACGUACAGGCAACUCAUAUCUUGCGCAAACACAAAACCCAGCCAUUGACAGGUCUCGUUUAAAAUUACACAAAACAUCAUCCAAUAAGCGAGCGCGCGUUAUGGCCCCCCCUCCUCCAUUGUCAUUAGAUUUACCUCUCAAACUGUCCAAAUCAGAUCUGAAAAACGCUCACGUAUUAGGCCAAGUGGAUAAAAAGUACAUCAUCAUCAAGCUGGUUGAUACUUUCAUCAUGAUUGAUCAGCACGCGGCGGAUGAACGUGUGAAACUGGAGCAAAUGAUGAGUCCCUCUUCCUUAACCCCCACCAUGCUAGAACCCAGUAUUUGCAUCGACUUGGAAUCCCCUUUUGAAUAUCAUUUAGUGGCCGGGAUGCGGGAUUAUUACAAGAGAUGGGGGAUUUAUUUUCAUGAGGAGGAGACUUCCCAUUUCUUUGUUUCAAAAGCUCAUCCACACCGAAUCCGUGUGACACAACUGCCCACACUUAUCUUGGAUCGAUGCUUGAUGAACCAAGCCUUAUUGAAAAAAUUGAUUCAGGAUUAUGCCUACUGGAUAAAGGAACAGAAUCAAGAGAGUUCAAUCAAUGUAUGCCCCAAGGGUAUCAUGGAGAUUUUAAAAUCCAGAGCUUGCAGAAGUGCCAUAAUGUUCAACGAUGUCUUGAGCUUACAAGAAUGCAAAGAAAUUGUAGGAAAUCUAUCUCAUUGUAAAUUUCCCUUUCAGUGUGCUCAUGGAAGACCAUCUGCUAUUCCAAUCCAACCAAAAACACAGCAAAUGCAUACACCCCAAAGACAAAUUAACUGGGACAAACCAUUUUUGAAACGAUAAAAAGUUUUUUAUGAUUAAAAAAAAAA